UGGUUUCUGGUUGAGAAUACAAAGCUCAAGUCGAAAGCGGAGAGAGGCUGAGAAGGGUGGAGGAUCAGAUAGCUCCUGCUAGGGUACUUAUUAAUGAUUCAGCAAGGGCGAGCACACGGGGCAGCUGCCGCUCCUCAAGGGCGAGCACAAGGGACAGCCGCCAGUCCUGGCUGGCAUUGCUCAUGAACAAGAUGGACGGGUUGAACACAGGGGAGGAGGAAGACAGCGCAUUCACCAGCAUUUCUCUCACGGAUGACACAGACCAUUCAUUAAAGAGUUUGCAUUCGGGAGCUGAACGUCUGUUCCCCAAGAUGAUGAAUGCUGACAUGGACGUUGAUGCUGAAAAUCAAGUGGAACUGGAAGAAAAGACUCGACUCAUUAAUCAGGUGUUGGAGCUCCAGCACACACUUGAAGAUCUUUCUGCAAGAGUAGAUGCAGUUAAGGAAGAAAAUCUGAAGCUAAAAUCGGAAAAUCAAGUUCUUGGACAAUAUAUAGAAAACCUCAUGUCUGCUUCUAGUGUUUUUCAAACAACUGAUACAAAAAGCAAAAGGAAGUAAAGGGUUCCCCUCCCUCUCUUCUGUGGAUUGCUGCUUUUUUCCUUCCCCUUAAGGCUUGGAUAUGACCCAAAAGUUAGAGUACCUUUGUUUGCUUCCCUGAGUAUUUAUAAAGAGAAUGUCAGAUCUCGGUAAUACUGAUGCCUAACAGAAGAGGUAGCGUCCUGUGUAUACGGUAGUCUAUGAGUGUGCACUUGUAGAGACUUUAUAUUACAAUUACAGAUAUUUAUGAAACUUGAAGAUGAAUGUUUUGCCAAUUUGCUUAUAUAUAUAGGUUUAGCACUGUCUUAUCAUAUGCUUAAUUAGUAAAAUAUACAAGAAAAUAACCAUGUUGUGAAAAAGUGACCAAAACCAUGUACUGAAUGCACAGCUUCUGUACCUUGUGCACCAUCUUGUGCCUCUCCUCCUCCGUCUGCCUCCUCCUUCCCAUCUCCCUCCCUGACAGUAACUUCGUCUCCUACAAGAGUAACCUGAACUGUAAUCAUUGACACUUAACCAAUGAGACACUUUCUUAUCUAUGGCUUGCCAUUUGUGAUAUUUAGUAAUAAGAUAGGAUUGCUGGUUUCUAUUUAAUCAAUUGAAAAUAGAUUGAAGUUAUAAAAAAUUAAGGGUUUUCUUUGAAAUGUAAACUGUUACAUUGAGAAGGUAAAAACUCCCUACUGCAAAAAAUAGUCCAUUUGGUGUUGAAAAGAUAGGAAUGCUGGUGUGUGAGGAAAGAUAGAAAUAGGAAGGAAAACUGGAUAAACAGAAAUAACUAACUCCCAAUGUUUUCCCUCCAGAUGUGUGUUACCUCUGACCCACAGCUGCACUUUUGGGACAUAUAUGAAAGUGGACUGAGUCUAAUGUAAGUGGAUUAAGAGAGACCAGUUAAGAGUUUGGUCUCAAGGUUUGUUUGUACCCAGGAGAUGAACUUUUGCAAAAUUAAUUGAGAGUAUAUUAGUAUAAGAAUCAUGAAUAUAAGAGAGUUUUGUAUAUGUGAUAAUUAUUAACCUUAGUAUUUUAUCUCAGUUGUUUUCUCAGAAUUUCUGUAAACUCAACUACUUAGUUUGCAGAAUUUUAGUCAUUCUUUUAACAAAGUUUAAAAAUUGAGUUUGUAGCUUCCAUUUGAUAAGGAGCUGCUAUCAGAAAUCAUAGUAAGGUCUAUAACAGGAAAGACCCACUAAUGCAGCUUGACUUGGAUCAUCUCCUGUAUUAGUGUGAGCCUUGAGUGACUUAGCUAUAUGGACGUGUAAUCCUUACAUUGCAGACAUUUUGCAACCCUUUUGUGACCUUGUUAUAACUAUUUAAAAUUGUGUUCAAGUUCUGCUUUGCUGUUUAAUAAAAAGCUGUUUCAGA